AUGCUAAUCCAACGAGCGCCAGAGCAGCUACCUGUCAUCUACGGCCAACAUGUGCCGUGUAAUGCACACCCACACCAGCAAGCAACUAUGGCUACCAACACACGAUCCCAAAGACCAACAAACCACAGUGGUAUUUCUUGUGAUCCACCAGUCUCAUCAUCUAAACCACCCUCUAAACAUAAACGAACAACAUCAUCUGCUGCUGAAAACCCCAAAACAAAGCAGCAAAAGUAUGAUGAAGAUGAAGUCAAAGGAACUGGAAAAGAGCAGGGCAGAAAGGGGAAGAAGGAGGAAAAGAAAGCACCAAAAGGGAAGAAAAAUAGAAAGACAUCUGCCAUGCGAGCUGAAGAGGAUGCUAAGGCUGGCUCCCCUCUCAAACUUACAAGAGCUGAACAGGAACUUGAGGCCAGUAGUAUCUCAGUUGCACCACCUAAGCGAGUCUGCCCAGCUGCUGCACCUCCCAUCCCAGCCAUGUGCACUCUCCCAUCUGUACGUGACCGAGACACCAAUGACGAUAACAGUGACAUCGACAACAAAAGUGACAACAAUGACAUCAACAAUAACAGCGACAUUGACAUGGACAACAACAGCCACAACACCAACAGCAGCAGCAGCAAUGGUGACAAUGGCAACAUGGAUGAUGAAGACAAUAGUGAUCAUGACAACGAUGGCCAUGACAGCAAUGGUGACAGCACCAAAAACGAUGAGGAUGAAGAUAGGGAUCAACAUAACUCACCCAAGAAAACAAGUGGUCAUCAUGAUGAUGAGGAUCAUAUCAGAGAUCGUAUUUGCGAUCGUGAGACAGCCUGUGAUCAAGAUGACAAGUUCAACAACCUUUCUGGUGAACUUGACAGCAUGGACUCUAACCCAGGUACACUAACUAGGCAAAAAGAUUGUCUGAAAACUUUUUUGAUGAAAAUUGAGCAUUUGAACAAAAUGAGCAGCAUAUUUGUGGCCAGUAAAAUUAUUUGUGUCGUGACCGUGGGAUAUUCAAAUGCAUCGCAUCAAACAACUUUCUGGCUCUCUUCAUUGGAACUGCAAACCGCACCUCCAGGGGAAUCUGCUUAUGUUCACAACCCUGCCAUGGCUCCUAAUACGACCCCAACAAAACGAGAAAAGAUCUGUACCAUGAGAGUGGCUGGGCGCAUCAUGAAGAGAUAUGGGGGAAAGGAGAACUACUACAAAGUUGGACAUUCAACGGGGCGCCCUCGCAAGCUCACUCCCCGUGACAUGCGAAUUGCCUGCCGACACCUGUCAAACCAGACCGCCCACGACACAUCAGACCUGCAGCGCGAGUACUUCGUGGAGGUUGACUGGUGGCUACCACUUUUAUCAUAA